AUCACAUCAGCACCACGGCACAGUUCUAUCUCAACGUGAACUAGUACUCAGCCAUCAUACUGUUGGCGAUUCCACGGUUCAACCAGUUGCGCCGGAUCUGUACAUAUAGCCCCUCUUCGAAGGACCCCUCCCGCUUAGCAUUGUUGGCGUUUACCGAGGGACGCUCGGGUCGAUUACGUGCAACAUACACACAAAGAAAACUAUCUAACCAUGGCGGAGCAAGAAACCAACCGAGUCAGUGGAUUCCAUUCCGAGUCCGAUCAGGGAGGCCAACACAUAAACGGUGAUGCGAGCGAAGCCGUCAACGAAAACACCAGCAAUGGUCUUAGAGUGACCAUCCAAGAAGGCGCCAGCAGCUCCGUCAACGGGGGCUCUCCUACCAACGGCACAAUAACACCCAUACGAAAGAAGAUGGAGCGCAAAAAGUCCAGUCCUAUGAUGCCGACCUUCAUGGUCUCGGCACCAGGAAAGGUCAUUGUGUUUGGAGAGCACGCAGUCGUUCACGGCAAGGCUGCGAUUGCUGCCGCCAUCUCGCUGCGAUCUUAUCUGCUCGUCAAUACGCUUUCCAAGUCUAAGAGAACUGUAACGCUGAAAUUCCCCGACAUCGACUUCAAUCAUUCGUGGAAUAUCGACGAGCUCCCAUGGAAGAUCUUCCAGCAACCAGGGAAAAAGAAGUACUACUACAGCCUCGUCACCGAGAUCGACCAAGAACUCUUUGACGCCGUACAGCCCUUCCUCACCGAUGUCUCGAUAGACAAGCCCGCCGACAUCCGCAAGGUACACCAGAACUCGGCCGGCUCCUUCCUCUACAUGUUCCUCUCCCUCGGCUCGCAGUCGUUCCCCGGCUGCCAGUACACAUUGCGCUCGACGAUCCCCAUCGGAGCCGGCUUGGGCAGCAGCGCGACCAUCGCCGUCUGCUUGUCGGCAGCGCUCCUGCUCCAACUCCGGACACUGUCCGGUCCUCACCCCGAUCAACCUCCCGAGGAGGCCAGGCUACAAAUCGAGCGCAUCAACCGCUGGGCAUUUGUCUACGAGAUGUUCAUCCACGGUAACCCCUCAGGUGUGGACAACACAGUAUCAACACAGGGCAAGGCGGUCGUCUUCCAACGGACAGACUACAACCAGCCUCCCGCUGUGCGCCCCCUGUGGGACUUCCCCAAGCUCCCGCUACUCCUCGUGGACACCAGGCAAGCCAAGUCAACAGCGCACGAGGUCGCCAAGGUGGCAACGCUAAAGAAGAAGCACCCGCAGCUGGUGGGCACGAUCCUGACCGCCAUCGACCAGGUCACGCAGAGCUCUGCGCAGCUGAUCGAGGAGCAAGGCUUCAACACGGAGGACGAGGAGAGCCUGAGCAAGGUGGGCGAGAUGAUGACUAUCAACCACGGCCUGCUGGUGUCACUGGGCGUGUCACACCCUCGUUUGGAGCGCGUGCGCGAGCUGGUGGAUCAUGAGGGUAUCGGGUGGACGAAACUCACUGGUGCGGGCGGUGGCGGAUGCUCUAUCACGCUGCUGCGGCCGGGAGUGCCGCGCGAGAAGCUGGAUAAGCUGGAGAAGCAGCUGGAUGAGGAGGGGUACUCCAAGUUCGAGACCACACUCGGUAGCGACGGUGUUGGCGUGCUUUGGCCGGCUGUGCUGAAGAAUGGAAUGGAUGAGGAUGAUGUGGGCGGUAUGGAGAUUGACGUUGAGAAGUUCCUCAGCGCGGACAGUAACGAGGCGCUUGAGAAGCUUGUCGGUGUACACGGUGACCGGGGCGAGCGGGAGGGCUGGAAGUUCUGGAGGGUUGAGAACCGGGACUAAAGAGGAUGGCUGAUUUGGGAUGUUAAUGGAGACCCAAUCCCAUGUCGGUGUGCAGACAAGGGAUGACAGACAGGGCAUGGUGUUGAGGGUCUCUCUCCCCACGAUACCUAAAAGAAGCUGGCAGGAGGCAAAAUCCCCUAAUAGACUUCCUCACUUCAGUUGUACAUAUCGCGUUCUAGGUAUUCUUGCUGGGCGGGAAGGUGGAAGAUUACUACGUAAUG